AAGCACAAAGGGGAAAAAAAUGACGUUAGAGGGGUGGGGGCUUAGAAAGAGGGUGUGUCAACCUCUACUAUAAAGAUUGUGUCCGUGAUCUCUGCUCAUAUUCCUCUUUUCCACCAUCUCAAUUUCUUGACCUACUCAAGUUUUCAUACAACUUUGCCAACAUGUCAGAGCUCAGUGAUGCAAUGAUGAAGCUCCAGAACGUCUUUGACAAGUAUGCUGGACAAGACGGCGACAAAAAGACUUUGAGUAAGGCAGAACUCUCCAACCUGCUCCACAAAGAGUUUUCUGUGCCAAAGGGCACGAAAAGCGCUGAGUUGGAUACAUUCUUCAGCGCGCUGGAUAACGAUAAUGAUGGUGUUGUUACUUUCCAGGAGUAUGUCACUUUUGUUGCAGCUUUAGCUGCUAUACAAAAAGAAAUGUGUUAAUGAUUUGGUCACAUUGCCUCAGAACUUUCUUGAUCCAACUUGCCCCAAAAUUUCAGAGACAUCUAUGAAAUACACAUUAUUAAAUGUUCUGAUCAGGAAAACUUAGUUAACACACAGAGAUGAAUCAUGGGUGCUGACUGGAUGUGUUUCACUGAUUCUGAAUGUCAGAAAUCAUUAACAAAGAAACAAAAAUAAACGUCACAUUUUUUUGAA